UCACUGCCACAGCGCGCAGGCGUGUGUUCGAGACGUCAAGCCGCUGGACGCUUUCACCGCCAUCUACCAGCCAAGUGUCGGACGGGGGGACACAGACCUGCAAGGAAACAUGAGCUUCACACUGGAGGAGAGGGGAAACCCCAACAGCCUGAGCUACCGUCUGUUUUUCAAAAAUGCCGAUGGGAAGUACAUCUCUCCAUUCCAUGACAUUCCAAUGUGUGCUGAUGAGAGUCAGAACAUCUUCCACAUGGUUGUUGAAGUACCAAGAUGGACAAAUGCCAAGAUGGAGAUAGCCACCAAAGACCCCUUAAAUCCCAUAAAGCAAGACGUGAAGAAGGGCAAAUUGCGCUAUGUUGCCAACAUCUUCCCACAUAAAGGCUAUAUAUGGAACUAUGGAGCAAUACCACAGACAUGGGAAGAUCCAGCGCACAAAGAUGGAGACACUGGUUGUUGUGGUGACAACGACCCCAUUGAUGUUUGUGAAAUUGGCAGCAAGGUGUGCACCCGUGGAGAGGUAAUCAAAGUGAAGGUGCUUGGAAUUUUGGCCAUGAUUGAUGAGGGCGAGACUGAUUGGAAAGUGAUUGCAAUCAAUGUUGAGGACCCUGAAGCCACCAACAUGAACAAUAUUGAUGAUGUACAGCGCCUGAAGCCUGGCUAUCUGGAUGCCACGGUUGACUGGUUCAGGAGGUACAAAGUGCCAGACGGAAAACCAGAGAAUCAGUUUGCCUUCAACGGGGAGUUCAAAGACAAGGAUUUUGCCAUAGAAACAAUCAAGAGCACCCACAAGUUCUGGAAAGCCCUCAUUUCCCAACAGGCCAACGCUGGGGAACUGAACUGUAAAAACACCUGUGUUUCGGAUGGUGGCAGUCCCUUCUGCUGCUCAGUGGAUGAGGCCAAAGCUGUCGUCGGCCAAACUUGUCCAUGUGGAGCAGAAGAACCAAUCCCCAGCUCAGUGGAUAAGUGGUGCUACUGUGAGAAGAAGUAACUCAAGAGCCGGUUGGAAUGGACCAGAGCAAGAGAGCGCCUCAUCUCCUGAAGGCAUUCUUGAAGAUCUUACACUUGAGUAGAUGGAAUCAGGGUUGGAUACUGUCCUGCAGUUAGGAGAUAACUGGUUAGAUACUGUAGAAGAGGGGGGGGGGGGGAGGAAAUGAAAAGCACUUAAUGUCUUGCUUGAGGAAUUUUCACUUAUUUAACAAAGAUCUCUUUGGAGAUGCGCUGUCCAGCAGAUCGUAUAGAUUGUUCACCAAGUAUCUAAUUGUACCCUGUAUGAAUAUCUGAACUGCUUUAAUAAAGCUUUCCUGUUUAAGUUAA